GUUUGAGGGCGCUAGGCGGCGAAUCGCAUAUCUCCACUGACAAAUUGCGAACAUCUGAUGUUUAACAAACGUCAACAGUGAUGUGUAGAAUAUAAAAUCAAAUAAGAAUUAUAGCUAUUAUAUAGGUAUAUGCGGUCAGUUAAUUGCUGACUUUUGGUUAAAAUAAAACAUUUAAAAGUUUUACUUAAAGUUGCGCUCCAUAUAUACAAGAAACUGUAAGAGGAACAAUAAGAUUUAUAUUACUAACUGAUGCUCAAUAAACCGUGGUAACUUCAUACGAUAGUUUGAAAGCCAAUGAAAUUACAUAUUACAGUUCAUAAACAAUUGUCGCGCUUUAAAUGUUUAUUGGAAUUGAGAAAAAUUAUUAAAUGAUAAUUAAUAUAAAUAUAGGCCUACUAGGCCAUGUAGAUUCGGGUAAAACUACUUUGGCACGCGCCUUAAGUACUAUUGCAAGUACUGCGGCAUUCGAUAAAAAUCCGCAGUCACAGGAACGUGGAAUUACAUUAGACUUGGGAUUCAGCGCUGUGGUUGUGGAAGCUCCGUUAAGAUGGAAAGGCCUUUCACCGGAUAUCGACAAAGUGCAGUUCACUUUUGUAGACUGCCCUGGACAUGCAAGUCUUAUACGCACUAUAAUUGGAGGUGCACAAAUUAUUGACUUGAUGUUAUUGCUCAUUGAUGCUCAGAAGGGCAUACAAACACAAACGGCGGAAUGUAUAGUUAUUGGCGAGUUAUUACAGCGAAAAUUGAUCAUGGUUGUAAACAAAAUAGACUUAUUGGAGCAAACAACACGCGUUGUACAGUUGCAAAAAUUAAAUACGAAACUGCGAAAAACGUUGGAACAGACAACCUUCGAUCCUGCCAGCAGCAUUUUCAAUGUAUCGGCAGUACAGAAAAUCAAUAUUGAGGCUCUUUUGAAAGGAAUUAUCUCGCAAAUUGAGUAUCCUAAUCGCAACAAAGAGAUACCUUUGGUUAUGUAUACGGACCAUUGUUUUUCUAUUAAGGGCCAAGGCACUAUUUGUACCGGUACUAUAGUACAAGGUAGUAUUGCCGUUAACGAUCUAGUGGAAAUACCUGUAAUUAAGGAGCAGCGCAAAGUGAAGUCAAUACAAAUGUUUCAUCGACCAGUACAAUCGGCAGCAAUGGGCGAUCGUGUAGGAGUUUGUGUGCCACAAUUCAAUGCAAAAAUGUUGGAACGUGGCAUACUAACAAAGCCAGGAUAUUUGCACAAUAUUUAUGCGGCAUGCAUACGGGUGCAUCGAAUAAGAUUCUACAAAUUUGCAAUACGUUCUAAAAGCAAAUUGCACAUAACAAUUGGGCACGAUACAGUGAUGGCAAAUAUUACUUUAUUUAGAAGUGCGAAUGAUAUAACAAAUGAAAAUUUCGACAUAAAUAACGACUAUGAAUUCGUUGAAGAGCUCGAAUCAGCAACAAGUGCGCAAACGGAAGAUAUGAUAUUUGCUUUAUUGGAAUUUCAAACGCCCAUACUGGCGGACACAAAUGCUACAUUAAUUGCGGCAAAGUUGGACUUAGAUGCACAAAGUAAUUGCUGUCGUAUUGCGUUUUGGGGACGCAUGCAAUGGUAUACACAUGCCAAUAACUACACUUUGGAUGUGCUUCCGAAUUUUAAAGUAUUUAAAAGUAAAUUAAAGCAGGGCUUUAUACAACGACUUGUAAAUGAGAAUGAAGCAAUUGUUGAAAAUUUGUUCUCUAAACAAGGUAAUCGCGAAAUCUAUAUGGGCAAGCAAGUAGAACUGUCAACAGGUGAAAAAGGUGUUAUCGAAAGUACUUUUGGGCAAAAGUCGAAAGUGAAAGUGCAUUUUAUUAAUGGUCUUAAAACAGACACGCUGAACGAACUAAAAGGCGGUCAUCUUAGUAGUGUAAAAGUCAUGUUGAAGUAUAAAAAAUAUAUUUUCAACAAGCAACUAUCUCUGGUGCAAUAAAGAAAAAUCGUAUUUGGGACCUUAGCUCUUUGGUAUGUUUAUUAAGUAUUGUGGAAAAGACCGACAUAUGAAACACAGCUUGAGAGUCAUAUUUGAAAGCCACUGUAAACAAAUAGUCUCGUCAGCUGUUUUCAUUGCCUUUAUAAAAUAGCUAAACGAAUCCUUGGAAAUAACUUCUGCCUGAAAAGCGAAAAAUUAUUAUAAAAAUAUAAAAAUAUAUAAAAUAUGGAGUGGUUCAGUACAAUAAUACUAGUUUUAAUAAGUGUACAAAUAACACAGCAAGUUGAUUACGAUUGCGAUGAUUUGUUAAUGGGACAAUAUCUUUGUCCAGAUCCCACAAAAAAACAAAUUGAUCCCAAAACGCAACAAUUUUAUGGUUGUACGAAGGAAAAUAAAGCGCGAGUUUGGUGUUUAGCCGUAGAUGGUAUUAAUUGCACGGAAACAGGCAACAACACGUUUACGCGCGAAUUGCCCUGUAAAUGGACCAAUGGCUAUCACCUCGAUACCACGCUACUGCUUUCCGUCUUCCUGGGAAUGUUUGGUGUCGAUCGCUUCUAUUUAGGUUAUCCUGGUAUUGGGCUGAUAAAGUUUUGCACGCUUGGUGGCAUGUUUCUCGGCCAACUAAUCGACAUUGUGCUCAUUGCUACACAAGUAGUGGGCCCGGCAGAUGGUUCAGCUUAUGUUAUACCUUACUAUGGUGCCGGUGUGACAAUUGUACGUAGCGACAAUUCUACAUAUCGCUUGCCACGUGAUGACUGGUGAAAAUACAUUAAAUAUUUUAAAUCAUAUGUUAAUUAGUAAUAUAAAUUGACUGAGCAUGUUCGUGUGUACAUUUAUAGAAUAAGUAUUGUGUUUUCUAAGAAAUUAAGAACAAAAAAUGAAUAUUGUAUCUAAAAA